AGAGCACCCCAACCCCUGCCUCUUCCCGCUUCAUCCCCGCCGCCGGAGCCCCCGACCCCAAGCCCCGGUGACCCCGCCUCCGUGCCCCGGCGACCCCGGCUCUGUGCCCCCGCGCCAUGGCCUCGCCCCCGACAUCCCACGCCCCGGCGACCCCCGCCUCGCUGCCGCACCCCCGGAGACCCUAGCACAGCCCCCACGCUCCCGCAUGCCUCCUUUCCCAGCGCCACCAGCCUCCUCACAUGUCGCCCGUGGAACCUCCUCCCUCCUCGCCCGUCACCCCCAGCAUCAUUGGCCUCCUCGCCCGUCGCCCCCAGCAUGCUUUAACUGUGUCUCCCGCUGCAUCUGGGGCAAGGUCUCCCGCCCCCACGAUAGCACCGCGUCGUCCGCGCCAAGUUCACCUCCAACCUGCCCGUCGAGGCCAUGGCGAGUUGUUGGGUCCAACUCCCCCGAUUCUCUAUUUCGGUGGCAUGCUUGCUGCUUUUUGAUGUACUGAUUUGUGCUGUGGUGUUUGCAUUGCCCCGGGGGAAAAGGUCAGUGCCUUCGUACCCGAGCAACAUCUAAAAGAUAUUGUCUUUACUUCCUUCAUAUGAAGGAAAAUCAGUGCUGGAGCUUGGUGCGGGAAUAGGUCGCUUUACUAGAGAACUGGCUACGACACCUGGGCAUGUUCUUGCAAUGGAUUUCAUUGAGUGUGUGAUUAAAAAGAAUGAAAGCAUAAAUGGCCAUUACGAAAAUGCAACCUUCAUGUGUACUGAUGUUAGAUCUCCAUACCUGGUGAUUGAGGACAACUCGAUUGAUCUCAUAUUUUCAAACUGGCUACUGAUGUAUCUUUCAGACAAGGAGGUUGAGAAGCUUGUAGAAAGAAUGGUUAAAUGGCUCAAAGUUGGUGGCCAUAUCUUCUUUAGAGAAUCAUGCUUCCAUCAAUCUGGAGACUCAAAAAAGAAAGUGAAUCCGACACAUUAUCGUGAACCAAGGUUUUACACUAUGGAUGAUGUGAAGCACCCAGAAGAAGUAGAGGACAGGUCAGGAGGAGGGAACAUGAAGCUUCGUUUAUCAUUGAUGUUAUGUGUGAUCUAUAAAAGCUUGUGCUUCUCAUCCAAUCUUUGUCGAACUAUGUUGAUGUGUGAUUAUGCACUUGUUGGGCCCUUUUGCUGUGCACCUGCAUUUGUAGACCUAUUCUGUUGUGCACUUGUUGGGCCUGAAAUCUUUAUGUGUAGAGGAGUCGAUGGAUGAUGUAUUGUAAUUCAUGUGAUGUGCUACUGAAAUUAAAUAUAUACAACUAAUUUGCAAUCUUUUAUUCUUUUGUACU